AUGAAGGAGCUGAAGGACGUUGUGAGAGAAAGCUACCAAGAAGCUGAAGCUGGCAGAUUGGAAGUCCUCACCGAAGCGAUGGCGAGAGGGUUUCGGGGCUCGGCGGGCCCGUCGACGAGGUCGCGUCAGGAGGAGGGGGUGGCUGGUGUUCGCAGCGGGGUUGAGCGUCGAGUUCAUGAGCGCUCGGUUCCUCCUUCUUCUUCGGUGGGAGGACAUGGCCUCGGGAAAAAGGGUGGGAAAGGAGUGGUUGCGGGGGAGAAAAGUGGUGCCCCAAUCGGCCAGGUCGCCCCUGCCGGGAAAGGAGCCGUGGAAAAGCGAGGUGCCCCUACCCCGUCCGGAGGCGCUGCGGGGAAAGGAGAGGGGGAGAAACGGGGUGCUCCCAGCCAGGUCGCCGUCGCUGCUGGGUUGCUAUCGAAGACAAAGGCGGACUCAGCUGCGCAGCUCGGCAUUGCUGGUCGUCCUGUCGAGCCUGUGGGAAAGAGGCCGUCGUCCGUUUUAGGCGAUGUCUCCCUUAGCGAACCGGGUUCCCCUCCUCCUGGUCCGAGGCCAAGGUCCCCUUCUGCGUCGAAGAAAAGGCAAGCUGUGCCGAAGUCGACGAAGCGGGCUGCAGAGGCAACAGAGAGCAGUGACGUCGAGAUGGCUUCUACCGUCGUUGCUGCUCGACACGAAAAGUCGAAGAAGCCCAAGGUGAUCGGCUACGCCCCACCUCCUCCACCGGACGACCAAGGCAAGACGAGAGGCUGCAAAGCUCCCUUCAAAGGACCGGGCAUGAUGUCGCGCAAGGGGAAGCCGGUUUCCGAGCAGACCGUAGGCUCGAGGAAGCGGUUCCUGGGCACUUUUGAAACGGAGGCGGACCAGAAGUUUUGUACGGCCAUCUGCUGGCGCGUAUACUUCCCCGACAUAGACCUCAAGGAGUACGAGGGGUUCACGGCGCAGGAUGAGAAGGACUGGGAGGUCUAUCUCGAUGCAGCAGCGCGUAUGCCCGGCGUUUGGAGCGUGGCGCAAGAACAAGGGGAAUGUCGUUUCGACGAGUGA